ACGACUCGCUCCAGCUCCACAAACAAAUAGACGCGAAUUUAUAUAUUUUUGAAUAACUUUUAUUGCACCACACUAUGUCUGUGAGCCAUCGAAGCUUGGACCACACACUACCCGAUGACGCAUGGAAAGAUUCCUUUGACAAACUGCUGGAUCCCAUACCGCAUCUGCGGGAGCUAAACAUUCUCAAGCGGGAUGUGCGAGCCUCUUUCAACAUGGACUCCAGCGUGGAAAAUAGCAAUCCAAACAUAGUUAUCAGCAGUGUUCCCAACCAAAAAUCCAUAUCCUUGAAGCCCCCCGAUUUUCAACUCUGCACGUCUAUUUCCACACCUUGUGCCAAGCGUGUGUCCGCAGAACUCUUCAAUUGUGGCAUAUCUCCCAUAGUCACCAAGCUGGUAUCACGCAAAGGAAGCACGGCACAACAAGUAGUCACCAAAUUGCCGGUUACUGAAGAGCCGCCAUUGCCACGCAAGCGCGUCUGCUUUGGUAAUGUGCCCGCAACGCCAGAGCAGCGGCGACCCUCCAAAAAGAAUUCUGAUCAGAAUCGCCGGAAUAUGUCGCAGUCCACAAAUUUAGAGCAGCACAGACGUUCCAAAGCCACAUCCGAUCAGAAUGGAAGGGAGAGUCGUUCCUCAUUAAUUCUACAGCCGGGCAAGUGGCGCAAAUCGCUCUGUCAUUGGCGACGCACGCAUGCGCAAGAGCCGGCGCGUAUCUCUGGUCCCAAGAAAUCUUUGCCUGCUUGCCCACCCGCCAGUGACUGCUCAGUGGAAUGCGUAGGCGUCAUCUUUAACGUGCCUGGACGGCGCAAAUCGAUCUACAUCAAGGAUGAGCCCAUUGAGCAGAUCAGUCAUGAACAGCGCUUGCUCGCAUAUUGCGAACAAAGCGAGCCAUUGCCCUUCGUCGACGUCUAUGCGGCAACAAAAAUGCCCAACAGCUGCAAAAUUGGCGAAGGCGUCUAUGGCGAAGUCUUCAAAUAUACUGUAAAAAAGAGGCCAAAAAUCGAUGUAGUCCUGAAAGUUAUACCCAUUGAGGGUUCUCUUGAGAUCAAUGGAGAGGCGCAGAAGACUUAUGAACAGAUGCUACCCGAAAUUAUUAUAUCCAAGGAGAUGUGCAAUCUGCGAACCAACAAAACGAAUUCCACAGCCGGCUUUGUGGAUAUUUACAAGGUCUGCCUAGUCAAAGGGAAAUAUCCCGCACAUUUACUGGAGCUUUGGGAGAAAUAUGACGACGAGAAAGAAUCGGAAAAUGAUCAUCCCGAAGUAUUCAUGGACGAUCAGCUCUUUGUGGUGCUAGAGUUGAAAUUUGCGGGUCAAGACAUGUCCACAUUUACGUUUACAAAUGCCGAACAGUCCUACUAUGCCCUUCAGCAGAUUAUGCUGACCCUGGCUGUUGGCGAGGAGGCCUAUCAGUUCGAGCAUAGAGACUUGCAUUGGGGCAACAUACUCAUCGAGCCGACGACUCUGAAGCAAUUGAGCUACAAACUCAAUGGCAUUAGCCUGACGGUGCCCACAAAGGGCCUGAGAUUAACAAUAAUUGAUUACACCUUGUCGAGGAUUACUUUCGACACUUGUUGCCAUUACAACGACCUGUCCAGCGAUGAGGAGCUCUUUGCAGCCACUGGCGACUAUCAGUAUGACAUUUAUCGCAUGAUGCGUGAAGAGCUCGGAAACGAUUGGACCAAAUUCUCGCCGAAAACCAAUGUAAUGUGGCUCUCGUAUGUGACUGCCAAACUAAUUGACGGUGUGAAAUAUAGAAGCAUCAACACCAAAACUCAUCACACGUAUAUGGAGAAACUGAAGGAUUUGCAAACUCGUAUGCUAACGUUUGAGAGUGCGGCGCAUUGUGUGAAGUCCUUGCGGAAAUUAGUUGAAGUGCUUACAUAAUAUAGUUUUAUAUUUUUUACUGGACACCCUUGAAGUAUUUGCGUUUAUUUUGUACUUUAAAUUCACGUUUAUAUUUUGAUAGUUGUAAAACAAUUUGUAGAUUAAUUUCAUGAAAUGAUCUCUGUGAAUUAAAAAAUAUUAAAAAACGAUACAUGAAAAUGUU